AUGGACAUCCCCGGCCAAGGAGCGGGUCAACAACGUCUGCUACAUUUUUGCAACCAGACCACUGUGGACAUCAUCCCGAUAGCCUUUCUCAACGUUUUCCCUGCUCAAGGAAAUGGAUAUCCGGGAGAUAACCUUGGGAAUCAGUGUUGGGGCGCACCCUACGUGUUCUCAGGUCCUGGAAACAAUACAAGCUUGAACCAACUACAAUCAGAAUGCCCACAAAUCGUCGAAGAUAUUCCUGUAUGCCAAUCAACUUAUGGAAAAAAGAUUAUUCCAUCAUUAGGAGGUGCAACAGCUACAUACCAACUUACCGGUGCUGCUGAAGGCGUGGCCUUUGCAGACUUUCUCUGGGGUGCAUUCGGACCCCAAACUGCUUCGUGGUUGGCGAGUGGCCUCCCGCGACCUUUUGACGGCCCUAACAAUUUAGCCGUUGAGGUUGACGGCUUCGAUUUCGAUAUCGAGUACGCUCCAACUGAUGGCUCAGCAGGUUAUAUUGCAAUGAUACAGCGCCUACGCAGAUUGUUCCAGAGUGCAAGCAAAACUUACUUGAUCACCGGAGCUCCUCAGUGUGUCGUACCAGAUGCGAAUAUGGGAGCAAUGAUCUCUCAAACACAAUUUGACAUCAUAUGGGUACAAUACUAUAACACUCCUCAGUGUUCGGCACGCAACUGGGCCAACGCCAAUCCGAAUUAUGGAAGCACUGGGCUUGAGCUUCCAAGUGGAUUUAGUUACAACACCUGGGAGACGUUCUUAGUUGGGACAGCUAGUGCUAACGCUAAAUUAUACAUUGGCGUACCUGGAGGUCCCACAUCAGACGCCAACUAUCUCAAUGUAACAGAGAUAGCAAAUCUAGCAAAAGCAUAUUUUUGCAAGCCAAACUUUGGAGGGAUUAUGAUCUGGGAGGCCACAGUAGCCGAGGCAAAUCCUUCUGGGCCUUACUAUUCUACCGUGAAGAAGAUCUUGACCGGGUAUCAGAAUUCAUUAUGCACCACAUUCUCAACCACAUCGGUAAGCAGCAAAUCAUCGACGCUCCUGACAAGUACAACAUCGAGUUCAAAAGUUUUGCUCAAGAGCUCCACUAGCAACGUCAAAACCAGCAUGACAUCGAGCUCGAAAGUUUUGCUUGUCAGCUCAAGCAACAGUGUGAAAACAAGCACGGUUUCGAGCUCGAAAACCUCAGCCAAGAGCUCACCCAGUAGCGUCAAAACAAGUACGACACCGAGCUCGAAGACUUCAUUCAAGACCUCGACCAGCAGCGUCAACACAGGCACCUCUUCCCCCAUUCAUCUCUCAACAACGAAAUCCACAUCAGCAAGCUCAUCCAGUAAAGCUCAAUCUGCACAGUCUUCAUCCUCCACUACGCUUUGCACCACUACCAAACAAAUCACUACUCUGGUGUCGAGGACCGUGUACAUCCCAGCUAGUUCGAUCAAAUCUUCUUCCAGCAGUAAGACAAGCCUCAGUUCGUCCAAAACGACCGUCUCCUCCCAGACACCCUCCCCGACAGUCGUGGUGCCUGCUGGUGCUUGUGGUCCUGUUUAUAAUGUUGCUUGUGCCAGCGGAUAUUGCUGUUCACAGUACGGUUAUUGCGGGACUUCGUCCGCAUUCUGCGGAACUGGAUGCCAGGCGGCUUUUGGAACUUGUAGUUAG